AUGUAUAGACAAUAUGGCAAUGGCACAUCUAUAUGUGGACCUAUCGCAAGGAAGGGUUACGUGGAAGGCGCAUUUCUAUAUCCUCAUGAAGGAAGACGGCUGAUACAGCCGUGUGAAGCUGACCGUAAACGUAGUUCUAAAAGUUCUAUGCAACAAAAGAAGAAACCGAAGAAACCAGUUAUAACUGGAAGAGGCAAAGUUACACUUACUCAAGAACAAAAGGAACAGAUUGAAAAAAUCUACAGAGCACAUAUCGCAGUUACGGACUCAAAGACAUAUGUAGAGAAUCUGGCACUACAUACACAUGUAGAGGUACAUAAUGUCAAUAAUAAUUUCAAUAUCCUAUAG